AAAUAGUCAUCGCGCUCGGUGCAUCGCGAGUCGUGACGCUGCCAGCCUAACAAGUUUGAACCAUGAAGCUCAUCUUAGCCGUCGCGACCUCCGCCUAUGCUUUCACAGGCCCCGCGGCCCGCCUCCCGUCGGCCAGCGUGGGCCGCACGCUGCAGGUCAAGGCACAGCCCACCAUGCUCCUCGGCGGCCUCCGCGCGCGCGCCAACAACCUCGUCCCACGCGGCGUCCGCGAAGUUCAGCAAGACCCGGGGAGUCUCGCGACGAAACCGCAAAACCCAGCGAGCCUCGCAGGUCGCCACGAAAGCCGAAGCCGCGGAAGUCUCGACGACGGAGAAGAAGGGCUUCCUGGGCGGCUUGGAUGUGCCCCUCCUGGCCUACUUCUUCUUCUGGUACCUCGGCAACUACUACUACAACAUCUCGAACAAGACCGCGUUGAAGGCGGCUGGUGGUGCCUUAGGGUACCCCAUGACCAUCUCAACUUUACAACUGGGCGUCGGGUCGUUGUAUGCCCUCUUCCUCUGGGCCGCGCCGGACGCGAGAAGCUUCCCGAAGGUCAACACCAAGGACAUCAUUGCCCUAUUACCGGUGGCGUUCUGCGCCGCCGGCGCCCACGCGGGCUCCGUCUUCGCCCUGUCCGCCGGCGCCGUCAGCUUCGGCCAGAUCGUCAAGGCGGCCGAGCCGGCCUUCGCGGCCGUCGUCGGCACGAAGCUCUACGGCAAGAAGAUCUCGAAGGCCAAGUGGCUCUCGCUCAUCCCCGUCAUCGGUGGUGUGUGCUUAGCAUCGUUAAAAGAACUGGACUUCGCCGUGAGCGCCCUCAUCGCAGCCUGUACGGCCAACGUCUUCGCGGCCUUCAAGGCCAACGAGAACGCCAAGGUGAUGGCCGCGCCGGGCCUCAAGGACCGCUUGGGCUCCGUCGGCAACCAGUUCGCCCUGACGACGAUCCUGGCCUUCCUCAUGUCGAUCCCCGUCGUGGUGUUGAAGGGCGAGCCCUGGAGCGGCUUCGUGCAGCUCUGGAAGACGAACCCCGUCGUGAGGUUCAACGUUUUGGCGUCGGGCCUCUGGUUUUAUGGGUACAACGAGCUCGCGACGAUGACGAUCAAGAAGACGUCCGCGGUCACGCAGUCCGUCGCGAACACCGCCAAGCGCGUCAUCGUCAUCGUCGGCGUCGCGAUUGUGAUGGGCGAGUCCUUGAAUCCCCUCAAGCUCGCGGGCUGCGCCAUCGGCAUCGGCGGCGUCUUCCUCUACUCCGUUAUCGACCAGCUCCUCGCGAAGAAGUGAAUGAAGUGAGGGGCCGCGCGCGCGCCGGGGGCGGCGCACUAAGGAUAAAUAACUGGAGCGCCGCGUCGAAGGCGUACCGCGGGGUCAGAAGAGUCCCAGAGAAUCCACUGCAAACCACAAGGGCACCAAGGAGUACGAGCACAGGAGCUCUAGUAUGUCUAAGUAGCGGUGCGUGACAACAAAAAGUGGCAGCAGAGGUGCUUCAGACAGCCGUGGUGCGACGCCAGCGGCGCGACGCCGCCGCUGCUGCGCCAAAAAAAUGAAUCAAGACGACCGCUACCGGAACGACUACCCCAGCGGUGCGUACCAGUCCAGCGGCCUGCACACAGCGCAGCGGGCGGGCGGCGCGACCUACGCCCGCCCCGCCGGGCCGACGCCGCCAUCGAUGCCGCCCCCGCCGCCUGCAAUAGUGCAAAAUCCGGUACCUUACCGACCGUCGAGAGCCGUCGCCAUACUACGAGGCGAUUCAGAUGAUGCCGGCCCCCUAAACCCCGACACGUCGAUCAACAGAGACACAUCAAAAGACUGGAUCUGUGAAAGUUGCGAGAAUUUGAACUUCUCGGCGCGACGGGAGUGCAAACGAUGUAGUAAACCACGACCGGCGCGGCCUCGUUACGCGCAAACGAAAUUGAGCAAGAACCCCUGGUCGCACCGAGACGUUACCAGAGACUGGCGCUGCCCGGCUUGUGACAACGUGAACUACGCGGGACGAGACAGAUGCAAUAGAUGUGCAAGGCCCCAACCGGCUCAAGUGAAAUACGUCCACCAGCCGACGAUUCCCAAGGACGUCUGCCCCACGAUCAAACUCGGGCUGCCGCAACCGAAGGUCGAGGAGAAGAAUCCCGAGUGGGACGGGCGAGGCGGGGGGUUGGGGCCUUUAUUACCACAAAAACGGUCCCAUCCUUCCCAUUCUACGCGAGAUCCGGAAAAAGAUUGGCGCUGCCCGCUCUGCAACAACGUCAACUUUUGCGGGCGCGUCCACUGCAACAAGUGCCGAGCUAUUAUACCUUUUGACGGCUACGAGGCGAUCCACGGGUCCGCGGCUCCGUGUCGUGAAUGAACUUGAACUUGCUGGGGUCGCGGCGACGCCGUGACGCGGUGCCACGCUGCCGUGGUCGCGUCGAUGGCGUCGAGGCGAUGCCACACCGCCGUGACGCCGUCGACGCGAUGCCAUCGUGACGCCGUCGCCGCGGCCGUCAGAGUUCCCACGCAGGUCGUCCGACGGCUACGAGAAAAUUCGACCGAUACGGGAAUUGCGUCCCCCAAAGCAACCUCGUAGACAAUCGGCCUUCGACUGGGUCUGUGCUGGUUGUACGAAUGUCAACUACUCCGGUCGACUGGCGUGCAAUAAAUGUCAAAGACCCGUGACCGCCGCGUGCCGGCUGGUGACGCCGAAGGGCGAGAUCGCAAAAAGGGACCAGGACGACGUCGGGUUGCUCGAGCGGCAAGUGACGGAGCAGGCUCCCGUUAUGAUAGAAAGGGGCCCACCGGCGCCCGCUUAUUUAUCAGAUGAGGCGCUGGCUCUCGCUGCCCAGAACGCGGAGACGCUCGAGAGCGCUUUGGACAUCGCCUCGCGCGCCAAGGGCCCUCGGGCGCUUGAAGGUGCUGCGAGAAGGCUGGCGAAAGCGCCCGACGGGAGACGGUGCGACGUGCGGCGAGAUCAUAGGUUUUUGUCGUUCUUAAGGGCUCUGCGGACAAGAUUGAUCGAUGACGAACUGGGUCCGUCGGAAACGGCGAAUAUUGUGGUGGCAUUAGCUUCGUUGGGUUGUUGUUCCGGCGGUCUGGACCGGGACGGCCGCGCUUUUGAGGGAAGAGCUUUUGCAUCAAUUGGAAGACGGGCGAGCGUUUCCAUCGAGACCUACGAUUCUGCCGCUCUCAGCUCAUUGUUGUGGGCCUUCACAACAUCAAAGCAGGAGCUCGCGUGCCUCGCAAAGGCUUCCGAGCGCUUCGUGACCAUCGAGGCGUGGGACGCGCCUUCACUCGCGAACGCGUGCUGGGGCCUCGCUUCCCUAAACGCGCCUCUAGACUGGUCCCGCGCUUUGAGAAGGGCGCGGGCCGUCGACGCGUCCGGUGGGGACCUCGCCAAGCUCGUCUGGGCCCUCUCUACCAAUAACCAGGACGUGUCGGCGCUCGCGAACAAGGUGGGCGACGUAACGACGUGGCCGCCCUCCGCCGUCGCGCGCCUCGCCGUCGGGUUGUGUGCAGGAGAUCAUACAAAGGUGCUGCUCAAGGUCGCGGCGCACCUGCGGGAGAGUUUGUCGGACUACGCUUCGUCUGAGUUGGUCGACGUGGCAUACGCGCUGUCGAAAGCGGACGCGCGGGCCUUCCGGCCGGCUAUUGAUCUGGCCCUCGCCGACAUCGACGCUUCCUCGUUGGACUGUGACGCGCUCGCUCGCUUGUUCGAGGCGCUUAGCGCUGCGGAGCCGCCCGCGGACGUCGUCUCGAAAGCUGUUCAUGCGGCUUGUGAUAUGAAGCUGUGGCGGCCGGCGGCGCUCGUGACUGUCGCGGGCCGCGCGACGGACGCGGCCCUGCUGGACGCGCUGGUUGGGGCUUCUCUGGCGCUCCGCGAUCGCUUCGACGGCGCGCAGCGGCGGCAAUUACGGGAGGCCCUCGGCGCGCGCCUGCCCGCGGAUUUUGACAAGGCCGACGCCGCGGUCGCGGACGAGCCGCUCCCCGAGUCCGCGGCGCCGCCGCCGGUCGUCGCGAGGCCGCCGCCGCCGCCGUUGAUAACCGGGCCGUCGCUGCUGCCCGCGUUUUUGCAGGACAAGUUGCGUGGGGACUUUCUGGGGGGUUUUUAGGUGUUGUGUUUUUGUAGCCAUGACCUCCGUUGAUUAGCACGGGUUUCUCAGGCUUCAGGCUAUCAAGGCAUAUUUUAUUGAGUCUCGCCCCCAAUCGCGAGGGUUUGGACGGUUUAACCGGUGAGAGACGUAUCUCUGCGCUGUCGGCGGCGCCGCAAACCCCGGCGCGGAAUGUGGCCCGGAGAUAUCAUUGACGUCGGCAGGGACAGCGCGCCGACCUUCGCUGAUCGAGAUAACGACGGAGACCUGGAUCUUGUCGUCGGAGAAGGGGAUGGUAAACUUUUGUACUACCGUAACGUGGGCACGCCGUCGCAGCCGAAGUUUGAGAAGGUCGACGACGAGAGCCCUUUUGACGGCAUCGACGUCGGCGAGAGAAGAAGUGCGAGCGCGAAGGCAGCGUCGACGGACUACAGCAGGCCGUCCGCAACGUUCAUCUGUACUCGCGCAAGGAGACGCCCCUGGAGAAGAUCCGCGUCUGGGUGGAUUAUGUAUCGAUACCGCAGAAAAAUCGGAGCGUCCAGAAACUGGCCAUCGCGUCGCUCCCGACGUUCGCCAGUUGCUGUGAUUAUUUCGUAGUGGUCGCGCCCGAUGCCACUCACCAGAACACCGGCUGCGCGUGCAACUCGCAAAGCUAUCGGCUCCGCGCGUGGUGUCGCGCCGAGAUCAUGAGCUGCUGGGCGCGGAACGGCACCAAGGACAUGUACUACAACACCAACGAGGCACUGAAACCAUUAGUGGUCCGCGCCCGGCGUCUUGCGAGGCGGCGAUGGCGUAUCCUCAUCACUUCCCGCGCAGGUGAGCGACGAGAUCCUGGCCGAGGCGCUCGAUGUGAUGAACGGGGAGUUUUCGUGCUGUCGCCUCGGCCAUCCGAACGAGGAGCCUUGCGACCGCGAGCAGCUCAUGCUCCCGCUCCUAGGAUUGUACGCGGACGUUUAUCGAGACCGCGAGGGCAAAAGUGCCGCCGCCUACGCGUUCAUCGAGCCGCGAAAGCACCAGCUGUUCCCGGAGACGUUCGAGUACACGCACCGAAGCCCGGACGGCGUCGAGACGACGACGACCCAGGCGCUGUUCGGCGACCUCGUUGCGGCCGUCGAGUACGCGACGGACCAGGAUCUGGGCGACGGCUUGCCUACCCUCGCGCCCGACUUCGCGCCCGGGACCCACGCGCAGAGUCACCGGCUCCACCACGCCAAGCACGGCUCCAAGCACGGUUCCAAGCACGGGAGCGGCUCUUUCGCGGCGCUCUUCAGCUCGACAAGCGGCUCCGUUCGCGGUUCCGUCGGCGCGCCGGCGCCCUGA